AUGCCGAAACCACUCCUGCGGAUUCCGUACACGGACAUCCUCGCAGCUCCGACCGUCGCUCCACCCUCCGCCGUAUCUAUCCCCGGUGCCGUCGCCGCCCUCAAACGCUUUUUCGCCGCGCCUCUUCCCACUCACCUCAACGCCCAGCACCAAAGGACCGUCGUCCUCACCGGCGCCGGCCUCUCGGUCGCCUCUGGGCUGCCCGACUACCGCGGCGUCAACGGCACCUACCGCGUCAACAAGAGCUACCGGCCCAUCUUCUACCACGAGUUCCUCGGCAGCCACGAGUCCCGCAAGCGCUACUGGGCGCGCAGCUUCCUCGGCUGGUCGGCCACGGACAAGGCCGCGCCCAAUGUGGCUCACUAUGCGGUGCGGGACAUGGGGAGCCUGGGCCUGCUGAGCGCCGUCGUCACGCAGAAUGUCGACUCGUUCCAUCCCAAGGCGCACCCGCAAAUACCAACCAUUGAGCUCCACGGCUACCUGCGCACUGUCGUCUGCACAAGCUGCAGGUCGGAGCUCAACCGCAACGAGUUCCAGAAGGAGCUUGCGCGCUUGAAUCCACGUUGGAAUGCGUUCCUUGCGGAAGCGCUCAAGACUGGUGCUCUGAGCUCGGAGGAUCCGGCGCAGCGCAACCGCCGUGGCAUCAAGACCAACCCCGACGGCGAUGUCGACCUGCCAGAUGCGCCCUACACGACGUUUCGAUACCCGCCCUGUCCCAAGUGUCUGGAGAAGCCGCAGAUGGGCAGCGAUUCCCACCGCCAGGUUGUUGAAACAGACAAGGACGGUGCGUGGGCUGCGCCAAGCACCGGCGGCAUCCUCAAGCCCAACGUUGUCAUGUUUGGCGAGAGCAUUGCCACGUCCGUCAAGAACGCUGCCGAGAAUGCCAUCAAUGACUCUGGUAGGCUGCUCAUCAUGGGGACCUCGCUCGCCACGUACUCCGCGUGGCGCCUGGCCCGGCAGGCCAAGGCGCGGGGUAUGCCCAUUGCCAUUAUCAAUGCCGGGGGCGUCCGCGGCGAGGACCAGUUCUUUGCGGACCUCGACCCUAACCAGCACGGAGAGCUUGGCGUGCGCACCGAGGUCAUGACAAACGAGCUGCUGCCCGUUCUCCUGGAGGAACUGCGCAAAGAAGCCGCCGAGCAUCACCAUGAGGCUCUACAAGAUGUGCCAAGACAAAACUCCAAUGUAUUCAAGGAUAUGCUCUCAUAA